GAAACAGCAGGAGGUGAAGUGUGAGUGUCUGACAGAGAUAAGGAAGGAGGAAAAUAACUUGGGCAGAAUAAAGAUGGCAGCGAAAUUUUACGACCUCACAUCCAAACUUUUAACGGGAGAAACGUUUAAUUUUUCUUCUCUGAAGGGAAAAGUUGUCCUCAUUGAGAAUGUGGCAUCUCUCUGAGGUACGACCACCAGGGAUUACACCCAGAUGAACGAGCUCCACGACCGCUACGGCAGUAAGGGGCUUGUGGUCCUGGGAGUGCCCUGCAACCAGUUCGGCCAUCAGGAGAACUGCAAGAAUGACGAAAUCCUGCUGUCUCUGAAGUAUGUCCGCCCUGGAAAUGGCUUUGAACCAAAGUUUCAGCUCCUGGAAAAAGUGGACGUGAAUGGGAAGGACGCACAUCCUCUGUUUGAAUUCCUUAGAGAAGCACUCCCAUGCCCUAGCGACGAUCCGUCGGCCCUGAUCAGUGAUCCCAAGUUAAUCAUCUGGAGCCCCGUGUGCAGGAACGACGUGGCCUGGAACUUUGAGAAGUUCCUCAUCGGGCCUGCCGGCACGCCAUUCAAGCGCUACAGCAGGAGGUUCCUCACCAGCAGCAUCGAGGGAGACAUCAAGAAGCUCCUCGACCAGGCCAGCUAGAUCACCGUCCACUGAAAUAUCCCAUCCUGCAGCUCCCACCUCUUUCAUCUUAUCAGAUGGUGUUUUUAGACCACCUGUGCUCAACUGUACCUGAUUGGCUGUCUUCUGUUCUUUUACUGUGUGAAGUCGUCCUCUGAAACCAAGCUCAUUGUGAGGGGGAUGACUGAUGAAAUGUAAAAGGCUGAACAUGUUUAGCUGCAUUUGGUGCAUGUAAAGCACAGUUGUGGUUCGAUGUAUGAAGAGGAG